AUGGGUUUCGCCGCACGAUCUGUGUGGCUAGUGGUGUUAGUUUUAGCCCUGUUGCAAGAGGGGUUCAUUGAAAAGGCCCCAUGGGCUGCACUCGGUGACACUACUCUCCUCGGAUCACUAACCGCAACAGCCACAGGCGUCACUCGUAGGGGCCGGUCUCGCAGCUACAGUGUUUCCUCGACAUCUAGCACCAGCAGCACAGGCAGUUCAACAGAUACAGACGAUGAGAGUUCGACAUCAGAAGGCAGCCAGAAGAAGAAGAAAAAGAGAAGAUUCUCCUUGCCAGGCAAAGCUAAGCGCAGUAAAUCAGGAUCAACAGGUGACUCUAGCGCGGGUGAGGGGCCCAGCACCAGUGCUACUGAGGCUCCAGAGAGUGGAAAAGGAGGAAAAAAGAAGGGAAUGAAAAAAUUAAAGAGAGUCCUCUCAAGAAAGGGCUCGAAAAAUGUGACAACCGCACCACCGGGUGGAGAAGGCAGCAGCGAUGCAGAGGCAGCAAUAGAUGCAGCAGCAGCAGCAGGACAAGGAGACGGUGCUGCACAGAACACAGCUGCAGCACCAGGUAAAAAGCGAAGCCGCCGCAGCCUAUUUAAAAAGAAAAAAGGAAAAGCGGAGAAGGCAGAGGAUGCCCGAGAGGGGCCCCACCCCCGGCGGGGCAAGGGUCGUCUGCUUGCAUUCAAGAAGUCGAAGAGCUCUUCAGUGUCAGGCGGGGAUGCAAAGGGGGCCCCACAAACGAAAGCUGUGAAUUCCAGGCUAAUGACAGAACCCAAGUUCACCGCAGGCUCAAGCGUAAAGUACGAGGAUGGAUUCCCAAGGAUCUUACCGAGGCCCCCACAGAAGGGUGGCACUACCCCGACAAACCCGCUAGCAGGCUGCAUGCCCGUGCAGACAACACCAGGAUUCGAGUCGUUUGCUAGUGGUCUACCGCAUCAAGGCGUCGGCUGCCGUCUUCGUAUGCAGGCUGGGCACCACCAGCCACCGCAGCGCCAGGAGGAACAGGAGCAGCAGCAACCCGAGCAGGUGGACACCCAGGUUCACCAGCAGCAGGAGGAACCGCAGGCUCACCAGCAACAGGAGGAACCGCAGGCUCAGCAGCAACAGGAGGAACCGCAGGCUCACCAGCAGCAAGUGGAAGCGCAGGUUCACCAGCCGCAUCAGCUAGUGGUAGAGGCGCAGGUCCAUCGCCAGCAGGAGGACGACGAUCAGCAGUUGCCGCAGAAAGGAGAGCAGCAUCAGCAAGAAGACGUGCAGCAACAGCAGGUGGACCAGGAGCAGCCGCAGCAGAAGCAGGAACAGCAAAAGGAACAGCAACAGCAGCCGCAGCCGCAGCAACAGCAGCAGGAGGAUCGACAAGAGGAGCAGCAGCAACAGCAGCAGCAGCAGCAACAGCAACAGCAGCAGCAACAGCAGCAGCAGCAGCAUCAGCAGGAGGGGAAGCAACAGUAG